AUGAUUUUUACAAAGAUCAAAAACCCUGAAAAAAUCACAAUCCUAGACCCAAGGCUUGAAAUUUACCCAGAAAUAGUAACUCACACUUAGAUUAAGCAAAAUUUUGAAAACCGAGCCCCGACAGAAGAAGAAUUAAAUGAGCUAAACCGUCUCGAUAAAAUCGCAGAGACCAUAAAAACCCUUAUAUCUUCAAUAGAAAUAUACAAAAAUGAAAUGGCUACCACUCUGACCCGUCCUUCUCCCACAACCUCAGGCUUGUGGGUUUAAGAGGGCUGGGGCCUGGAGAAUUUGUGUCGGGGUAGGUUUUUUUUUUUUCCCUGGCUAGGAGACCAAGGCAGGUUUUUUACCUCGACCUAUGGCAAGUUGACCAGAAUCGUAAAGACAACCCCACAAUCCUGACAGCGAAGGUAUCAAUGGAGGCAGGAGGAGAAUCAGGAUACCUACCGUCUCCCACCUCCAGAAGGACGGGCUGACCGUUAGGGUUGUCCAAGGAAGUGCCUGGGGUGCUUCACCUCGAGAGCGCCGACGUACCCAUUUUUUGGUAACAUGGGGCAAAAAUGGCGUAAGUACUACCCAUGCUUAGGGCGUAAGCCUGAAGUGGGAGGAAGUGGAUAGUGGGCUGACAUAAUCCCGCAGAGAUCCUUUAAUCUAAUCUAAUCUAGUCUAAUUAAUAGAAAUCAACCCUCUUUCUCUCAAUUUUAAAUCCAAUAGCUUUAUAUCCCCUCGUCCUUUAUCAAGACUUGAAAAACGCUGUUUUCAAUGUGGAGAAUCCUGUCAUUCCCUGAUCCAUUGCAAGUUUUCUUUAUGUUUACUUUGCAAUAAAAUAGGCCAUUUAGCAAGCCGAUGUAUUUUUAAAAAUUACCCUGACGCAGUUAUGAGUAUAAAACAAUGUGAGUUUUGUGAUUUAAGGGGCCAUCACAGUUCUGACUGCCUAAACCGCAAAAAUUCAAUAGAAAGCGAAGAAUUUUCCGAAAUUACCUGCAUUGUGUGCAGAAGCCAUGGACAUAUAAAUUGUUUAAAUAAUAAUUAA